AUUGAUGGUUUCUUUUACAGACACCAUGGGAAGGUGGAUUAUACAAGUUAAGAAUGAUCUUCAAAGAUGAUUACCCCUCAAGUCCUCCCAAGUGUAAAUUUGAGCCACCUCUCUUCCAUCCCAACGUGUACCCUUCUGGAACAGUUUGUUUAUCACUAUUAGAUGAAGAGAAAGACUGGCGUCCGGCGAUCACCAUCAAACAAAUCCUUCUCGGUAUCCAAGAUCUCCUGAAUGAGCCGAAUGUAAAGGAUCCUGCACAAGCUGAAGCAUAUACAAUCUAUUGCCAAAACCGGCUAGAAUAUGACAAGAGAGUAAGAGCGCAGGCGCGUGCUAUGGCUGCAACUGAAUGAAUCCC